AUGUCCACUCCUUUGCUCCCAUCUUUCCGUCGACAACAGCUUGUUCUUGACUUCUCAUCUCUCAAGGACAGCUGUCCAGAGGGUGUUUAUCUUUCGCUCACUCCGGGCACCCCUUCAGUUUGGGCUGCGGUGCUCUUUGUCCGCGAAGGGCCAUAUGCAGGGGCGGUCCUUCGAUUCGAUAUAUCAUUCCCCGACUCCUAUCCUGAGGAUCCUCCUCUCGUAACAUUCUCAAGCGACAUCUUCCACCCUCUAGUGGUUCCACUGACUACCUAUACCUUCAGCGCCAGUGGUGUCGACGCGUCCAGUACGAUCAGCGCCUCUGAUACCGAUAGGCUUCCGCCCGGCGCAUUUUCCUUGCGCUAUGGUUUUCGGCACUGGUUUCGACGGCGGAGUCCCGCUACGGGCGACGAAGUUCACAGUGGCGCUGUGACCGAAGAAGAUGACACAACCGCUCUGGCGCCUGGUGCUGUUGAUGCUGUCAACUCGACAGCGCCUCGGCAGGUAGGGCAGGAGAUCCAUGAUCGCAAGGGCCUCUUACUGAAGAUGUUGUCCCACAUCAAGAGCGCGUUUGAGGACGCCGACAUGUUGGACAGCAUGCCGCUCGAUGUGGCCGGCGAUCCCAGCGCAUGGCAUGCCUGGCGCGCUCACCGAGGCCUUACCAGGAAGGAUGCCCGUCCAAAAAGUCCGACAAUUGGCAGUGACGGCGCACCAUCUUCACCAAAAUAUCCCAGUGAAUGGAAAUGGGACGGCGUCUGGGAAUCGCGUGUCACCAACGGUAUUGAGGCGAGCAUCAAUGAAGCCACUCUUUUCGGCAGUGCUGCUGGCGGCCGUGCCGGCCUGGGUUCUGUAGACUUGACAACCGUGGAUGCGCGACAGAAGAUGUUCGCAAAUGCAACCCGGCAAAUCCGUUUCUCGAAGCUGGACGAAGAGCUCUUCGACAAGGUGAGAAGCGAGGUCUCAAGUAUGACAAUGUGA